AUGGGUUCUGUCUACAACAACUUUUCGGAUGGCCCUACCAUGAUCCUACCCUCAUCUCAGAACCAUCCCUCAUGUCAGUUCCCUUCUCAGUCCAUGCAGGGUUUCCAAGCCUAUGACUCUGGCUCCUGGUCUAUGGAUGCGGUGUAUGCGAAUCCACACAAAGCUCCGCCGCGUCAUUCCUCGAGCUGGACACCUCCAUCAUCCUCAAAGACCUUAUUCACAAAUCCAUCGCGCAAGAGAUCGCGUAACGAAAGUGAGGAUGAAGACCUCCCCAGCUCGAAACAAAGCAUUGCACCUCUUGCACCUGUUGUGGAAGCACCAAUCUACGGCGAGGGCAUGGUCCUCUUGAACCCUCGCACUGGUAUGGCUGUGUCAGCCGAAAGUCAGACCGGCACAUGGUAUGAAGAAAAGGCUGCAAAGAAAGCCGCACAGUUGCAGCAGUGCAGCAGUGGAAAUAAACUCAGUCGCAAAUCACAACGUCUGGACACCUCGGCCUCCAGCACAGACGACGUUGAUCUCGCCUGGAUUCAGAACCAAAUGCAAACUACCACGAAUGAUGAUAUUCGUCGCUCUCUUGGCAAGAGCAGUUCCUUCAACAUGAAUGACGAACCCCAAGUUGAUGAUGUGACUCUCCUGCUCGGUAUCAGCUGGCAACGUGUUAGCCAUGACGACAACAUGGCACCUGCAGUCACUGGCUGGGAAAAAUAUAUCAAUAAUCAUUUCUACAAGUACAUGCGAGACGCCCGCAUAAUCUUGAAGAGCCGCAGUCUCAACGCAUACCUAGUUGCUGCACCUCCAGCACACGAAAUCCCGCUUCAGGACACCGCUCGACAUAGCGAUUACGCCGCUAUGCCCAGUGAGUAUCAGUUUGAUCCGUCUUCCUAUUUCUUCCUCUUCAAGGAGGACCUUACCGAAGCACAAUUAGUUAGCUCGACAUUGGACAAUUGUCUCCGCAACAUUCAAUCGACACCGAUUCAAUUUGAAGGCUCGGAGGUAUUACGCGCUUCUGAACGAUCACCUGAGCGAACUGUUAUCCCUGACCAGGUCAAUUGUGUGGUUGGAAAUGGUAUUCCCAUUGCACGCCUUAGCAGGGAUGAUCGUGAGAAAGUCAAUCUGAAUAAUGAUAUGGCAAUGAGCAUGGGGACGGACAUGGACGUCGAUCUAUAG